CAGCCCCGGCCGCGAGCACUUGGCAGGAGCUCAAGCCAGUGGUCAGAGGCCACGGGGACCUGCACACUUCGCGGGGCGUUGCCCCGGUCAAGCCUGCCCCAGUGGAGAGAAGCUGGAGCUGAGAAGCGCGCCCGUGGGAGAUGGGGAACGCUCUUCCGAGAGAGCUCAGCUGCCUGGGAAAGGAGCAAAAGAAGAACAGGAAGGGAAACCGAGGAGUGAAAAGGAGACGGCAGGAAAUGGCCGCGGCUGAAGGGGAAACCCACAGUCAAGAGGAGAGCGGUAAAGAAUUUCUAUCCACUUCUAAUCAGGACUCCGGGAACGGCGGCUCGGAAGAGGUGUGCUACACGGUCAUCAGCCACGCGCCGCCGCGCCGGCCCUCGCUGAGCGCCAGCGACCACGGCUACGAGAACGUGGACUGCGCCCCGCGGCGCGCGCUGCCCCGCGGCGCCUCGGAGACGGAGUACGCGCAGCUCAGGGCCCCAGCCGCCAGCCCGGCCGCCUGCUCCGCGGAGAACGACUACGAGCUUGUGCUUCUGCGCUAGAGCCGGCAGCCGCCCCACCGGGCCCACGGGGCCAGGCCCGGCGCUGACGCUCGGGGUCGCCACGGGUCGCGCUGCGCUGCCCGGGUGGCUCGCGCGCGGCGCCCCUGUGACCCGGGGGAGCCACCUGGUGAAGCAGCCCGCGGAGAGUGCGCUGUGCGUGCAAAGCCUGCGAGCGGGAGGGUGGGGACCGCCCGGGGCGCGGUGCGCCCCGGCGGGUCCUCGCAGCUCGGCUCCAUCUCUCCACGUUGCACGCGCGGUACCUCCACCUCCACCGGCUCCUUUGGAUAUGUGGUCGGCUGGCUUCUUAAACCCUCAGACCCAGGACCAGGGGCAGACUCUGCUGCCCUGAUACUGACCGCCUUUGUCUUCUCCGUGUGUGUGUCGGGGGACCCGACAAAGGCAGGGAGGCCAAAGGACUCGGACGUGGCUGCCCGUCUCUUCUGUCCAGCCCUAAAGAUGAGGAUUCUUCUAAAAGAUCAGUCAAAAGUGAAAACACAAACGGAACGGAAACCCCGGCGCUCACGCUGUGCUCGCGGCUCACUGCAGGGGCGUCUGCUUUGAAUUUCCGGGAAAUCACAGCCGGUCCUGCUCGGUGCCUGCAUUCCCCACGAACUUCAGAUGACGCGCCCUUCCUGCCAGCGGGCCCAGAGCCUCGGCAGGCGCCGCACGUGCCCCCAGCCUCGGGGUCCCCGCUUUCCACCCGCGAGCACAGCGCGCAGGACGCCAGCCAAGCUUCCACUGUCGUAUUUGUUGCGUGCAGAUUUUGACUGAGUUUUGUGCUCCCUGGCGGUGAUGUCAAUGUAUGAAAGACCUUAAUGGAAAUCUUACAACUCCAGAACCGUCAGCUCGUCAGAUGCGUCGGUCCUGUAAAAAUCAGACCACUUUACAGAAAUGACAAAAUUAUUUGCUCCCUGUGUGUCUCUGUCCUCAUUCCCAAUGUAUGAUGUCUGGCAUUUAAGGUGAGAUUGAGGGGCUGUGGCAGGGCCUGGUGGGAACCCCAAGGAGGGCCACAGUAGAGCUGGGGACAGGGAGGCCUGGGCAGUCUGGAGCUAAGUCCUCGGUCAUGCCUGUUCAUUCUGCUAAUGGACCUUUUGAGGAGCAGGAUUUAUAAUUUUGAUGAGGACAGAACCAUGAAUCAUUUUAAUGUUUUGCUUUCUGUGUCCUAACCAAUCAUUGUACCCUCCUAAGUAAUGAACAUGUUCUCCCAUGAUUUUCUGUUAAGCUUUGUGGUUUUAGCUUUUCCAGUUAGAAUUCUGAUGAUCUCAGAUCAAUUUUGUUCAGUGUAGUGUCAUGAAAUUAUAUUCUCAGAUUAUAUUGAAAUGUAACCAUCUGUUAAGGGUCUCCUCUCUGCAUUAGAUCACUUAUGUGACAAACAUUGCUGUUGCUUAACAUUCUUGGUCAUAUUGUCACCAAGAAAGGUGGGAGGUGUUCCUGCAGAGGGGACCUCGGCUCAGGACCAGGGGGGCUCUUGGUGGGUUUGAUUUAGAAGAACUUCAGCACAUGUUGUUCAGACAGAGUUAUUUGGGAAAGCAGAUGCACAUUCAAGGGGGGAAUCGGCAUCUGGAGAGUGAGAGAUGUGCUUCUGGGGUUCUGGGCUCUUCUUCAUAGGAACCUGGGUGAGCGGUGGGCAUGGGAAGUUGUGUAGGGAGGACAUCAGUCUAGUGGCCACAGAUGGUUGGUGAUGAUCUGAUGCUUCUCAGGAUCCUCAGACUGACCUGGUCUCCAUUACUGAUUGGUAGAUGAUGCUGGAAAAUCCCCUGACUUACAGUUUUCUUAAAAUACAUGGAUAAGAGAUGCAACUGGGUUAAGGGACCCCUGCAUGCUUUUACAUUUAAAACACAAAGUACCUGCAGCCCUGCCUGGCCUGAGUGGACAGGAUAUGUCACAUUCCUCAGUAAAUAACCACUUAUCUGCAGGGGAAAUGCAGGCCUUGAAAUGCUGAUAAGAACACAGCCAUCCUGUAGGGGGGACUUUUGUGGCCCUUACUCAGAAGCAGUCGGCAUGGGCCAAAGUGACCUAGAGUAGUCACGGUAGGGGGGACUUGAAGGUCUGAUGUCAUCCUGCUGUCAGUCAAAAGUCAAGAGCUUUCUGGGUUCUCUGGAAACUUCCCUGGGAAUGCCCCAGUAAGACUGGAGGGAAGCAGAGGCACAGUGUCCCUCUUCUCUCUGUGAGGCCCCUCUCUCUCCCUUGAGAGUCCCUUUUUCCCAUCCUUCCAACAAACUCAUGCCUGCUUCUCUGAGUGACAGGUCUGAGACUGACGUGAUCACCAGAAUUGCAGUUCUAAGGGGGUCUUUGUGCUCAGUUUCCCUGAAGCUUUUGCAGAAGCUUCAC